GAAGAUCAGCAUCGAACAUCAGGAGCUUACAGCACUUCAUGGAACGUUGUGAACUGUGACACCAUUGUAUGGAACCAAAAGUUAAAAAAAAUCUUGCGUCCAUGUCUGUGGUUGGGGAAACCAAAACAGUGGGCACUCCCCUUCCUCUUCCUGUCCACUUCUCCCACGCCGAGCAGUCCUUCUCUCUGAAGAAGAGGCGUCUCCCGUUCUCGUCCUCCUCGCACUCCUCGUCUCACUCUCCUCCACGGCUGCUGUCCCGUUCCCUUCCUCCUCGACCGCAGUCUAAAGGCUGCCCACCUCUGAGCCGCGUCUUUUCACACCGCCGUUCCCCUUGGACGCCGCUGUCACAGGCGCUGAUCGAAAGCCCACCGCCGAAUUCCAUCUAUGACCCCGAUAAGCCGGAGUCCUUCUUCAGCCAGUGCUUCACCAACCUUGGGCUCAUCGGGCGGGGCUCCUUUGGAGAAGUGUUCAAGGUGCGUAGUCUCCUGGAUGGGCGCGUGUACGCCGUGAAGCGUUCGGUUCAGCGUUUCCGUGGCGAUGCAGAGCGAGCACGCUGCGUCCGCGAGCCUCUGAAUCACGAGCGUCUGCACCCUCACCCCUACGUACUGGGCUUCUGCGCCGCGUGGGAGGAGGCCGAGCGGCUCUACAUCCAGACAGAGCUGUGCUGCACGAGCCUGCUGCUGCACGCCGAGAGCCAGCCAGCUGCUCUAGGUGAGCAGUGUGCGUGGGAUUACCUGUGCGACCUUUUGUCUGCUCUGAGCCACCUGCAUUCGCGAGGCUUCGCCCACCUCGACCUCAAACCAGCCAACGUGUUCCUCACUCGCUCCGGUCGCCUGAAACUCGGGGACUUCGGCCUGCUCCUCGAACUGGACCGAGGAACCGUUGGGGAACAGGGAACGGACAGGGUGAAGAGGGUGAACAGCGAGGCACAGGAGGGAGACCCGCGCUAUAUGGCUCCCGAACUGCUCAGGGGAGAAUAUGGAGCUGCAGCAGACAUCUUCAGCUUGGGGGUGUCCAUUCUGGAGCUGGCGUGCAACAUGGAGGUUCCUAAAGGAGGGGAGGGCUGGCAGCAGCUCAGAAGAGGCUGCUUACCCUCAGAGUUCACAAAUGCACUUUCUCCAGAGCUUCAGCGAGUCCUGAGGUUGAUGUUAGCUCCAGCACCCAGAGACAGAGCUACAGUAGAGCAGCUUCUGUCUCUGCCCUCUGUCCAAAAACACAGGUGGAGACGCCAACUCUUCCUUCACCUCAGAGAGAGCUGGCUGUCUGUACUUGGCGUCGGCCAGUCUGUCCUGUCUGCAGUCUGGACCUUUCUCUCCUUCUUGAACAUUCCCUUCGUUCCCCGUUACACCCCCCCCGCACUUGGCACCGGCACCCCUCCCAGGGAGCUGUGUGAGAUGGAUGGUGACCUCAGUUUCCUGCAGCACAGUAGCAUUCUGUCCGAUUCGGCCAGUGAUGACCCGGUGUUUCUGCAAGCACCACUGGGUCUGGAAAACUCACCUACAUUUACACACAGAAUCCAGGCUAGAUUAUCAGUGGGAAGCACUUCCACGCCGCUCCCGAACUACAACCAGAGUCCAACUCGCACCCCUACACAUACACACAGCCACAUACACACUCCGUCACACACUAACACACACUCGCCCCGGCUCAGCCCUAUUCCCCUGGGCUCUCCGAAACACUGCGAACGAGGCCUCGAGCCAAAGAACCUGCUCACGCUCUUCGACGAUGCCUCGUUAGAGAGUGAACCGUGACGUCUGGCAUGUUUAUUACUUUAUAUAACGUGAAACUACUGGGUAAACAAAAGACUGUUGGGUUCAGUGGUUUAGUUUCUUUGAACAUUCAGAAAAAUGUUGUAAAGACUAUGGUUUUUUUUUUUUUGGUUUUUUUUACAUUUUACUUUGUGUAGAUGGGAUUUGCUCCGCAUUUUAAAAAGAAUUCGGUGUUCAUAUAUUGAAUUUGGGUUUUGUAUGGUAUGUCUGAAUGACGCAUCACAGUGCAUGUCUGUAGAUGUGUGCGAGCUUUUUAUGUGUGUAAACGCUUGCAUGUAUUGCUUUUAAAUGCACUCUGUUGACCACAGUACAAA